AUGCCACUGGAUUAUAGAAGAUUUAAUGGUCCAGAAGACAGUGUAUCAUACAGGCGUUUCACAGAGGAUUAUACGAAGGAUUAUAAACAGUUUCUUGACGAAUUAAUCGACGAGAAUGGACGUCGGAAAGGAGGGCGCGAAAUGGAUGAAGCGCGUACCUUGUGUAUGUUUUUUGCUAGAACGGGAAUGAUAUCACAAGCUAAGGGAUCAUCUUAUAUAGAACUAAAGAGAACGAAAGUUGCCUGUUCUGUGUUCGAUCCGAGGGAAAUUGUACACCAGAAUGAAUACAGUACUCUCGGACAAUUGUAUUGUGAAGUUAAAUUUGCACCUUUCUCAUGUCGGGGAGAACGGAAAGCUCUUGUACCGGAUUCAGAUGAAAGAGCAUUAUCAGUGGCUCUCAAGAAGGCCUUAGAACCUGCUGUAUGCAGACAUUUGUUUCCAAAUUAUCAGAUCGACAUCUUCAUAUAUAUUCUAGAAAACGAUGGAGCGUGUCUGCCAGCGGCAAUAAAUGCUGCCGGAUUGGCUUUAUCAGACGCAGCUGUGCCGAUGUACGAUAUAAUAACCGCUAGUUCUGUGGCUAUAAGUGGAGACAAGAUUUUCGUCGAUCCAACAGACGAUGAAGAACAAUUGGCGAUCAGGAACCACGAUGGUGUAAACCACGGUGUGAUCACUAUGUCGAUGUUGCCGGAAUUACAACAAGUCUCAGAUUACCGACAGAUUGGCUCGAUGGAUGCCGACUGUGUUUUAAAUGCACUUAGCAUACUUGAAAAGGAAUGUAAGAAAAUUGUCCCAUAUGUACAGAGAGUUCUCGUGCAGAAUGCAAUUAAUAGUUUCGAACAACAAAAAAAGUUAGAAGAGGAAGCAAAGGAGAGAGAGGAAGCUUUGAACGCAAAGAUGGAAGUCUGGAAAUCUAUAUUAAAUGUUGGAUAG